AUGGGGUUUAUUUCUUCUCUCCUAUGCUGCUCAACUUCCAAACAAGUAGAUAACAACAAAAACAACACGAAAUCCAACAAGCUGUCUUUUUCUCGAAAGCAGGUUCUUAUUGGUAAAAAGCCCAUUGACCAAGUGGCUUCAUCCACUGCUUCCUUGCACCAAACUAAUAAUACUCAUAGCGAAUCCACGAAUUCGAUUAGUGAAUGUGGAAUGAAGGGUCGCUGUUCGACCCCGGGAUCUGCUGCCGCUUGUGAGAGCUCUAGCAGUUCUAUGAAGAAGGCACGUCUUGCGGGAGAGUCGGCUGAUGUUGGAACGCAAACAACAGGGUCCGAUGAUAGUGCAACAAUAGAUUCUUCGGAUUGUUCGGAUUCUUUCUUACAAAGAGUUAUGGAUGCUAAAUCUGCUAAUGAAGCUCAUAGACCACCAGGGGACGAUAUCUGCGAAGUUGAUGAUAUACAAGAAGAGCAUAUUGAGAUACUAGAAGGGGCGCAACAGGAGCAGAUAAAUGGAACAGGUAACGAUACCGACAAAGAACAGCACAUUGUCACAGAAACUGCUGUUACGGCUAGCGAAAUAGUAAAAGAUACGAAAACCGAAGAACCUGAUAACGAUAUGAAUGAUGAUACAAAUACUAGUUUUAACGAAUUUACAGCGGCAACAAAGGAGGCAUUUACUGGUGACUCCGACGAGUUUGGGGAUCCAAUGAGUUAUACUGCCAGCACUGAUGUAUUAGAUUCAGACGUUAUUCCUGAAAGUAAUACUUAUGAGGAGGAAAUUAUUUUAGAUUUGUCAACGUUGCAGCCGGAACAAGCUCAUGCUCCAGGUUAUAAAACCUUGUUACCGCCAAAAAGUGAAAAAUAUGGAUGUAAGAAGUGUUUGGUUCUAGACUUAGACGAAACUUUGGUACAUUCCUCCUUCAAAUAUUUGCAUACUGCAGACUUUGUGAUCCCUGUAGAAAUUGAUAACCAGGUUCACAACGUUUAUGUCAUUAAAAGACCAGGUGUCGAUGAGUUUUUGAAACGUGUUGGCGAACUCUACGAAGUUGUUGUAUUUACUGCGAGCGUCGCAAGAUACGGUGAUCCACUUCUUGAUAUACUGGAUACGCAUUCUUCUGUCCAUCAUAGGUUAUUCAGAGAUUCAUGUUACAAUUACGAGGGCAACUAUAUAAAAAAUUUGUCACAGAUUGGACGGCCUUUAUCUGAUUUGAUUAUUUUGGACAAUUCACCUGCAUCCUAUAUUUUCCAUCCACAGCAUGCCAUUCCUAUAUCAUCAUGGUUUUCAGACGCACAUGAUAAUGAAUUACUAGAUAUAUUACCAUUGUUAGAAGACUUAGCUUGUGAUAAGGUCCCCGACGUUGGAAGAAUUCUAGAUGUGACUAGAUGA